CCCCCCAGUCAGUUUCUGUGAAGAAGACUUCCGGUUGUGUGUCAUGGCGGUGGGAUGGUGAAUCCUAAAGAAGGAGAAAAAAUCUCGCCCCUUUCGUCCUUUCCCACAGAUUCAAGAGAAUUUCCAUGCAUUACUAAGCCCGUCAGCUGCGGACUUGCAUCUUGGAUUUAGCAGCAGAGGGCUGCGGUGUCCGUCCGCCUGGUCAUGGCGGCUCACAAACCAGUGGAAUGGGUCCAGGCCGUGAUUACUAGAUUUGAUGAGCAGCUUCCCAUUAAAGUUGGACACCAGAACACCCACACCAAAGUCAGCACAGAGCACAACAAGGAAUGUUUGAUUAAUAUCUCCAAGUACAAGUUCUCCCUUGUCAUCAGCGGUCUUACCACUAUUCUCAAAAAUGUCAAUAAUAUGCGGAUAUUUGGAGAAGCAUCUGAGAAGAACCUCUACCUCUCUCAGCUCAUCAUUCUGGAUACCCUGAAGAAGUGCCUGGCUGGG